AUGGACUUGAACUUGAAAGGGAGUGACUCAGAUAUCAAUCCAGAAAUACGGCGCUUGCUUCAAUCUGAGGGUGUCGAAAGUGCGCGUGAUGUCACGGGCAUAUGGCUCGACUCACAAGCCUUCAUUGAGGAAGUUUCUGCACUUCCAGCGUCAUCCCCGGAUCUCAUAAUCGCAGCUGCCGAGUUCUAUGCUCGAGCAAAGCGCAUCGCAUGCCGAGAGGUUCAGGCUCAUGCGCAGUUCAUACAAGCCGAGAGAGACUCAAGCUGCCGCAAGAGACCAAGCAAAGUAGCGCCGUAUAUAUCUGAGCAAGGAUCUGAGCACCAGCGAAGGCCAGCGAAAAUGCUCCUACGCCAAACUGCGUCAGAGGUUGCGCCCCAUAGUGCUGCUGGCAGCAUGGAGCAGCAGCCACAGAUGUCCACUGUCAAGGAAGCUAAGCUUAGGGCUUUGUUUGAGGUGUUGGAUGAACAUAUCCUGGACUUAACCCAGCUCGGCAUCAUUCCUUCGGAGCAGGACGCAGCAAUUGCUUAUGCAGGGAGCAGCAGGCUCAUCUCCUGCUUACAUUGCAACUGCAACAUCAAGCCUCCGCAAGGCAUCUUUCUGUCGUGUCGCCAGCGCCUGCAGCGCUGGCGUCGUUCUUUCAAGAUGUGGCGCAAGGCGGCCCGACUGCAGCUGCUUCAGUGUUCCAAAGCCUCAGCUGACGAACUAGAGCCUUGGGAGUUCCUGAAUCUCCUCUUGUUGGCGUUAGAAUUGACAGGACCAGGCAGGGUGAUUGCUGCAUUUGUCAUUCAGAGCGCUGUGUCCUGCAUACGUUUCGCUCAUAUCCAGAGAUCUAGGCUCGUUCAAGCUCACCCAGAUUGGCUGGAAUUUGAAUGCAGUGUGGGCAAAUCCAAACGUGGAGGCGUUCGCCCUCCGUACCGAUGGGCGUGCCCGGAGAUUCGGCAGGGUGACUUCAGCCUGAAGAACACUUUGCUUCAAUUCCAGGAAGAAGUUGCACACCCGCAAGCCCGGUUCCUGUGGCCGGCAGUGCAGCUAUCUCAGGAUAAUCUUUGGCAAAUUGUUGAGGAGACGCCGUUUCUAGUGCACAAGAGUAUGUCCAGAUCUCGGUUCAUGGAAUGUUUUAGGGGCUUGCUCAUCAGAGCGGGUUUGCCGCCAGCCAGAGCCUACACUGCGCACUACAAUCGCUUACGUAGAUUUAUGCCUACGGCUGGCAUGGUCUACGACGCGCCCCCGGCCGAUGCCCAGUCCAUCGGCUCCUGGACAGAGAAUAUCCAGAGCGCUAAGCCGCAGUCGCAGAAACUGACCAUGUCCGUCCACUAUGCUGGGGAGCGGGUAGCGCGCAGCGCUAAGGUCAAGUUGGAAUUGCUUGCCAAGCUGCGUAGAACUUAUAGACUCAAGGCUGCUGAUUAUGCAUCUCAGUCAUCGCUACUGAAGCCAGACUCCUUCACGUGGGCAGAGGUGAGCCAGUCCCAAGUACAGCGUGCAUCACGCAAGGGAGCGGCCCAGAAGGCUUCAUCUUCCAGUUCGUCAUCUUCCAGUGAUUUUAGUGAAGGGUCAGCGUCGGAGAAUGCCGCUGCGCCUCAAGCGUGCGAGGGCAUGGAGUGGUUCCAGGAUAAGUACCACCUGACAAGGGAGAAGGAUGAGCACGUUCGCAGCGUUCCCUGGUGCCGUACCGCAGCAUUCCCCCAGGACCCGACCCAGCAGGGUGUAGGCCUCACCUCAGUGCCCCUGAGUAAGUACUGCAGCAAAUGCUUAGCACGAGCACCUCGAUAUGUCAAGCAGGUCUGUGCCAUGGUGCCAGCCUGUACUGAAGCAGACGUGUGUGCGGCGGGGCAUGCCCUCCUUAUUCUGGCACGCGUGCUCGGGAUGGGUGCUCCGCGACAUCGUUACGAUGCGUUGCUCGAAGGCCCUCCCACUGCCUGGGCCAGAUACAACGUCUUUGGCCUCUAUGGAUUAGCCCGGGUGACAUGCAGGUUUCGCAAAAAGGCCCAUGCAUGCCGUAUAAGCUCUGCAGCAGCCAUGUCCCAGUCUCGCAGCAUUGAUCUGCAGUCGGGGGACCGCGGCCUCCAUGCUUGUUUGGCAUCAGCCAAUGUCCAAGAAUCCUGGGAGAAAGCCUUUGUAGCCCAUUUUCACCUGGAGACAUUGGACGAUUUUGUGUACCUGGUUGAUAGGGCCAAGUGGCAGGAGGAGGUCAAGAACUUGCUCGACGAGAUUCCUUCUCUCAAGGACAGCAGGCUCAUUUGUGCUCGGUUCCGAGGUGCUUACGAAGCAGGCCUCAAAGCUAUCGAGCACUCGCAAUCUGCCACAGCCAGGCUGGACGACCUGGACGAGCCACUUCAAGAGCAGCAGCUAGCGCAACUCCAGCGCGACUGGAACACGAAGUACGGGUUCGUCAUAGACCCGCACCUCGAGCCAGCCGACACAUUGCGAGGUCGCGUCUUCAGAGAGUUCAGGCGCAAGACGCUUACUGUCCUAGAGGUUAGGAAGGUCAGGAGUGUCCUUGCAAGCACCACACCUUCGGCCCAGGAUCAGGUCACCUUGAAUGGAUCUGUGACACUGCACUUCGCAAAGGAGGCGCAGCAAACGAUCAACACUGUGGUGGACUACUAUUUCGCUCUCCGCAUCCUGGCUUACGCCUGGGCCUUCACGGGCAACUACGUUGUCAAGGAUCCAGACGGCGUUGAGCGCCGGAUGAUUCAGCUCGAAGAUGCCAUCAACUAUGCAGAUGCAUGCCUCCGUGACACCAUGCAGUAUGGGGCAGGCUCAGUGCAGUGGCUUCAAAAGAACGACACCCUGACGCGAGGCCUCAUGGCAUCCAAGGUGAGGCGUGGAUGGUCCGCGGGCAAGAGCCUGCAGGAAGCACUCCAUGAAACCCACUUGGAGUGGAGGAGCCCUACUCCCAAAGCAUCGUCUGUGCCCACCGCCCCAUCCGGGGAGGACCGCAAGCGGAAGUCUGACGAGAACACUCCCACGCCCUUGAAGCAACCGCGGUCGGCAGGUGCUGUUAAAACAGUUUCCAUGCUGAAAGGCGCCCAGGUGAAUGGGGGAGGUUGCAGUUGCGAUGCUGUGCCAGAGCAUCUUGCGUCACUUGUGACGUGCGGGCAGGAUGAUAUGCUGCAAGCUUCGGAAGUUGCCAACCACUUUGUCCUAGGCCAUUUCAGUCAUGGUUCCAGGCCGCAUCGUGAUGUCCAUAACCUGGAUCUGAACUGCUCGGUCUCACUGGGGCCUUUCUCCGGAGGCGGAGUGUGGCUGGAAGCCCGGGGGGGCAGUGACCCCAUGCCAGAUGGCACAGGCAAGGAGACCCAGCAGAUGUCAGUGCUCAGCCCGCAAUGUCAUGGCACAACUGCGCCAAGUACAACCGAGCUGGGUCAAGAGGCAUCUCGCAACUUGGUGCAGGCUGUGCCGCGUAUGUUCGCAAGUGAUGUGGCGCAAGAACUGGCAUCAGCAAGGCCAGUCACAUGGAGGGGCCGUGGCGACCUACUCCAAGUGCCCUGGGCCAGGGCCAUCAAGGGGAGGUGGCUCGUGCUAGAUUUGUGGUCAGGCAUAGCAGGCCUCUGUGUCGCGCUCUUGAGCCUUGGCCUUCAGUUCCAUUGCUUGGCAGCGGAAUCCAAUCCGGAAGUCGUGAAAUGCGCCCGGAAGUGUUUCCCUAGCAUCGUGCACAUCCCGUAUGUGGAGGAGUUAUCCAUUGACAUGAUCCUCCCAUUUUUGCAACGCAGACAGGUCAGGGGUAUUAUCGUGGGCGGUGGCUCGCCGUGCCAAAGUGCCCUGAAUCUGUCGCGUGAAGGCCGCCAUGACCCCAGUGCAAGCCAAUUAUGGUUCCUAGCAUCAUUCCUUCAGAAGCUGCGCGACCAUCCAGCAUCAAAGCACCUGGAAAUCGUGGGGUUCCUGGAAAUUUCGGAUGGGGCUGACAAGCGCGCUGUCAAGCAGUAUAAUGAAUGGAUGGGUGGCCUCCCCAUCUCUAUUGACGCUGCCACUUGCGGUUGGACCCGUAGGAGUUGUCUGUACUGGUUAGUAGGUAACAAGGGUUCCCCCAACCCCUCCAAGUGCCAGGCUCCCUUGGACUGGGAGUGGCUGCAGGGCAAAUCUCAGCAUGGGCCUUCACUUGCGCAUGUCGGGAAGAAGCCGUUGCCUAACCGGGUGUUCUGGGAACAAGGGUUUAAGCCACUAGUGCAGCCUGAGGCGGUGAUGCGGUCGGAGGCACCGCCCAUGCACACCCUCACAAGGGAAUUCCACCAUCCUGAAGACCACCUCCAUGAGGUGUCACCGGAUGCAGCUGCCAGGUUUUUGGAGGAUGGGAAGCGUUUUCCACCAGGUGCAUAUGCGGAACACUCCCUCCUCUGGCACCAAAAGAAAUGGCGCACUCCCUCCCCUGACGAACGCUCUCAGUUGAUGGGAAUACCGCCAGACUGCACAAGUGCCACGCCAGGUCAUUCGGACGAACGCGUGCAGCGACGAAACUCAGCCAUAGGCAGUAGUUUUCAUGUGCCAUCGCUGCUAGCAGUUUUUUCCCUACUGAGCUGCGUUUGCUCAAGUAAGGCUUGUUUCCUGCCAGAGGCUGUCAAUGUUCCGUCCAUUCCGGGGAGCAUCAGUGAUCCGCUCACCGCACGCCUUGCCAACACGGUCUGGGAGCAUACCUGCAGUCCUUUCCAGGCGUCCUCCAAGCCCAGGAAAUAG